GCGAUGUCUGCUAGUAUUGUCGUUCUUUUGCGACUCCGCUCCGGCUAUGUCUCUACUUGCGCUCCCUAACGAGCUUCUCCAGCACGUAGCUCGCUUUCUGCCAUGCUCCAGUCUCCUUGAAUUGAUCCGCACCAGUCGUAAACUCCACGAAGCUUGCUACGACCCACUCUUAUUCAAAGACAUCGCUCAAAAUGCGUUUCACAGAACGCCAGACGCAGACGAUGACCUGCUCGAGACGUACAGGCAGCCAGGUCGCGUGGAACUGACGCCGGAGCAGCUUGAAUGGGCAGAAGGCGAAGUGGUUUUGAGUGAAUCCGGUAUCGAUGAUACAAUUCGACUGGCUCAUGCUGUCGAAGAUCUUAUCCGGCUGUCGACUCUCAAGCCUACAGCAUGGCUGACCAGCACUACCUCAAACAUGGCCGACUGGCUUCCUCAUCUGCUGGCACUCCAUCAUCCUGUGUCUUGGUGCCUGGACCCCGAUAUGUUUCUCCUACCACAUGGCCAGCUUAGUCAGUUCAACACGAACUCAACAUCUUCCCUGCUGAUGAACCGCUGGCUGUCACGAACCGCAGGCCAGGCUCGCGACAAGAUAGCUUCCGCAAAGCUCCAGGCUGUGCACUUCACCAAUUUCAGCUUCAUUAUCAAUUACACCACACUACAACGCCUGGGAUCUACGAACGAUUUUAGCGAAGUUCUUGCCUUGUUUACUCGCCACUUCAUUCCCGAUUGGGCAGGGGCAGCCUCCGCACUUGCUGUCCGGCAAAACAUGACGGACAACGUGAUACAGCAACUCAGUGUGCGUAUACCAGGCUACGCGACCUUUAUCAGAGACUUGACUUUGAUGCAAGCGUCUGCUGCCCUUCCUCUCUUGCUGAUAGCCAUCUCGUCCACUUAUAGCAAACGGGAAAAUCGAAUACUUCCGAUGCCAUGUAAGAUACCAUUUUCUAUGUUCAUGGACCUGCCGAGCGUAUAUCGUAGCUCCGCAGGGCUCUUUGCAACGUGUCACACCAAGCAUAUGACAACGCCCGAGUUUCUAGCUUGUCGUUGGGCCGGCUACUAUACAGAUCACCGUUUUGGGAACCGUUCUAUCGUUGUCGACGCGCCAAUGCAGAACAUACAGAUGGUCGUUUCGGAGCCCACCGAAGAAGCAAGAAUGCGAUUGAGAAUAUGCGCUCAUAUUGAGCGCGAGACUAGAGGCUAUGAUCAACACGGUGACUUCCGGCUCUCCGGGCGAGUACGUGAAGAUGGACUGGUCAGUCUGGCUAAGCAGUACCUCGGACUUGGAGUUUCGUGGACGUGGACCGGGAGAGUUACGCCGUUUGGCAUUGUUGGGGUGUGGGGCCAUAAUUCGUUCGGAGGGUAUUUCUGGAUCUUCAAGGAGGAAUGGAUGUGAUGCCGGCGUGGAUUGCCAAUCUUACUUAUUGCUGCAAUCCACCCAGGAUACAGUGCUGCAGACGCAUACGAGCUUGUGAGAAGCGAAGCGAAGCGAAGAGACAUCAGUUGCUCAGUGGCAGGCGCAACGUGCUACGUUCCGGGAGGCAACUUCGAUGCCCUUAUCGAAUUAAUCACUUACACUAAAGACGACGAAAUACCUCACGACACCCAGCGCCACCUUGCCAAUAUCAGAACAGAUCGAGAACUGGAAGCUGCUUUUAUACAGCCGAAAGGUAGACCAGCUACAUACGGCAGUCUCAGAGAUGCGUGCGCGAAUUAAAGAAGCACUUGAUUCGUCAGUCCGAACGAAAGAUCCUAGGUUACCUUCGACUGACGUCCUGACGGC